CUUGCGUCUUCUCUCGAAUUCGUAUCUACUUCUUCUCCGAUUCUUUAGUUUCGAGAUCCUUUGAUUGAUUGUUCUUUUUGUGGUCUUCUACAGAUUCCGUUCCUCCAUCGUUGUUCUUCCUCGCUCUCCCUCUCUCUCUCGGAAUCGCAGAUCUCUUCAGAACUUUCUAGGUUUACCGUCCUGAAAAAUCGCUUUAUCUCGUCGUGAUCGAUCAGUAACGAUUAUCACAGCAAUCGUAAGUUUUGUGCGUAGCAGCUUGAGAUAUACUUAUAUUAUAGGUUGACAUGAGGUGCAACGCCUGCUGGAGGGAACUGCAAGGCCGUGCCAUUUCCACCACAUGCGGUCACUUAUUAUGUACUGAAGAUGCUAGCAAGAUUCUCAGUAAUGAUGGGGCCUGUCCCAUCUGUGAUCAAUUUAAUGAAACCUGUGGAUACCAAUCCAAAUGAAGAAUGGGUAAAUAUGGCGAUGGCUGGAAUUUCACCACAAAUACUGAUGAAGAGUGCAUACCGAAGUGUAAUGUUUUACAUCUCGCAAAGAGACUUAGAGAUGCAGUACAAGAUGAAUAGAGUUGUUGCGCAGUGUCGUCAGAAAUGUGAGGGCAUGCAAGCAAAGUUUAACGAGAAAAUUGAGCAGGUACAUACAGCAUAUCAGAAGAUGGGCACGAGGUGUCAGAUGAUGGAGCAAGAGGUAGAAAACUUGACCAAGGAUAAACAAGAGCUCCAAGAGAAGUUCUCCGAGAAAUCAAGACAGAAGAGGAAACUUGAUGGGAUGUAUGACCAGCUAAGAAGUGAAUAUGAGUCAGUCAAACGCACAGCCAUCCAACCAGCAAAUAACUUCUAUCCACGACAACAGGAGCCUGAAUUUUUCUCAAACCCACCAUUUAACAUGAUGGAGAACAGAGAACCCACUCCCAAAGACCGGUCGUUUUACUCUCCUGGAAUACCAGGAUCCAAAGAUGAGAUAUGGCCAGCAAGACAGAACAAUUCAAACCAGGGUCCAUUUGACAUCUCCAACGACUUAACCGCAAUACCAACUGACCUUGGAAACAGAAGAGCAGGAGGAGGACAUCAAACAUUUGGUAGCGGUGGCAACUCUAAUCCGCAAUCAACUCUACGAAACAACCUUGGCUGUGAAUGUACAGCAGGGGAAACACAGGAGAGAUGCAGAAGAAUUAAAAAUGCAGAGAGGACUUCAAUUUAUACCCAUUCACAAAUAAAAUUGCAGAACAAAAAGAACUAAUAAAAAAAUAAUGUACUGCAUCCAGACCAAAAUUGUGUUGUUUUUUUGUACUGCAACUAAAACAGGGAGGAGGAAGGCUGUCGAUAUGCAGUUGUCCAAUAGGCUUUGUAGAUUUUUUAUUUUUUUGAAAAGAGCUUUCUAAGAUUUUUUUUUUGUCAAAAGCAUUAGCAACUUUUUUUUGUUAACGUUACUAGAGAUUUUUUCCGCGCUUCGCGCGGAUUGUGUCUUAUAAAUUUAUUUUAUUUAUAAUAUUAUUUGUCAGUUU